UUUAACAUACUUACUUGGAUGGGGUCAAUGAGUAAUCAAUAAAGCAUAUGACUUAGCCGGGUGACUUCCAUUGCACUCAGGAAGGGUGCCAGACUAAGGUCUCCCCAAGUGGGAGAGCCUACGUCAUAAGCCAAUUUUCUAUUAUGUUUAUCAAAUCAUAUUUCAAUUCAAUUCUUAUUUAAUCAUGUUUGACAGACAAAAAUCCUUUCAAAUUCUUUAUUUUUUUUGUGUAAAUCAAUAUCUGAAACUUCAGAAAUCAGAACAACACAUAGUUUGACCAAGAUGACACCAGUGGAUCUGUCCACCAUUACUCUCCGGCCAUUCAAGAUGAGUGAUGUUGAUGAUUUUUUCUUGUGGGCAGGGGAUGAUGAAGUGACAAGAAACCUCAGAUGGAAAACGUGUGGAUCCAAGGAGGAGGCUUUGGCCUUCAUAAGGGAUGUUUGCAUACCUCAUCCAUGGCGUCGUUCAAUUUGCCUUGACGACUGUUCCAUCGGCUUUGUUUCAGUGUAUCCUUGGUCAGGUGAGGAAGCUCACAAGGCUGACAUAGGUUAUGCCAUUGGGACUAGCUACUGGGGCCAAGGGAUAGCCACAAAAGUACUCAAGAUUGCUGUGCCUCAAGUCUUCAAGGACUUUCCCAAUUUGCUGAGGUUGCAGGCUUUUGUUGAUGUUGAGAACAAAGCUUGUCAACGGAGGAAGUUCUUGUCACUGACUAGAUUACUUCUGGUAAUGUUUGGUCUUGUUUGGUGCAAGUAAUGUUUGGUCACUGACUGUCAGGAAAACUUUUUGUCUGUCAGUUCCAUUCCAAGAAUAAUGCAUAAAUAAUGUUUCUCAUUAAUUCCUUAUGAUUUCACUAUAAUUUGAGACCUUUGGUGUGAAGUUUAUCUUAAAUCUAUUACAAACAAAG